CUUGCUGAAAACUUUGCCUAUUGUUCGUGAGCUCACACUGAAAAGUGGGCGAGUUCGUGGAGAAUUUGUCCCGAAGCGCCUCCGUGGAUCGUGGAGCUAGCUACUUCCAUCAGGCAUCAGCUAACGUGCAUGCAGUAGUUAUCAUUGUUGUGAUGUUGACCAAAUAUUAUGGAUUGUAGCUUGUCGUUAAUAAAUUUCAAAGAUCUGAUCUUGGCUCGCUCUAACCAGUCAGUGUGUUUAUUCCCUAGCUGUGACCGGUCGGUGAACGGAGUGAAGUCUAUCUCAAGUUCAUAUUUGUCAUGACUUGUUUGACAGGGGCAACGCUCAGUUGUGUCUUUGAUUGUCAACUUGUACUCUGCAUUUAGGACCGCAAGCAACCCCAGACACUUUGUUUUGAGAUCCUAGGAGUUUAAAAAGAGUUGUUUGUAAAGUUCAGCACCGCAUUUCUGGAUACUUGUUCGUGCACCGGGAAUUAUGUCGACUAUACCGUACGCCAUGCCCAGCAGUGGGCCGGGUGCGGGUGGUUUAGGAAUGGUAAACCACCCAAGUCCAUUGGUAGCUCCUACCCCAAUUCAACAACUACCAAGCCUGCCAGGACAUCCUCACAACUUUCUAAGCCACUCUUCACCUUCACAUUCCAAUCCCUCACACACCUCAUUUUCUAUUGAAAAUAUCUUGGGACAGACUCGGGCUGCUGCAGCGGCGAACAUUCAAAAUAUCACAUCUCUCUCGCACGCCUCUCAUCCUACGACGCCCACCAGACCUACGCCCACGUUCCCCGGACCUUCGUUCGGACCAUCGCCGUACGGACAGCCUCAGCAUCCUACCGGUGCUUACUACGAUCCCGCCGCCGUACCUGGCGGGCUGGCGGCAUCCUCACCGCUGACAUACAGUACGACUGGAUUUACCUCCCCCACAGCUCUGUAUCCGUACAGUAGAAACGAUUACCCGCAUUCAUUCCUAGACAGAGUUGAUCACUUCUCAAAAGUUGCAGUAUCAGGGAAACCUUUCUUGUGGAAUCCAUUCAUUCAGAGACCGCUUCACAAACGCAAAGGAGGCCAAGUCCGUUUCUCUAACGACCAGACGAUGGAACUUGAAAAGAAAUUCGAAAACCAGAAAUACCUCUCUCCGCCCGAAAGAAAAAAGCUAGCGAAGGUGCUCCAGUUGAGUGAAAGACAGGUGAAAACCUGGUUUCAGAACAGAAGAGCAAAGUGGAGGCGAUUAAAACAGGAAGUACCGACGGGGAAGGGAGAAGGUGAUGAGAGGGACGACGAGAUCAAGUCACAUCAACCGAAUCAGCAACCAUCUCACCAUCCCCUGGGUGAUAACAGGAACGGUUCCGUGACCGACCUCGAGGAUGAUCGUCGAGAUACAGCGUACUAUCGUAUCCCAAAUGGUGACUCCCUUGACCAUGACAGUGACUAUGACCGUGAUGCUUGAUGGAAGGUAUCCUCAGAGUGGCUUUUCUUGUUGCUUGAUCGGAGCGCCCAAGCCUCGUGUGCCGUGGUGUACGUAGAUCUCCCCGUCCUCUUCUGUAGACAUUAGGCACUUCCAAGGCCACCUUUUCUCUAUCAACCCUAGAGACUUGAUAAAAGGUUCCAUCGCGCUCUUGUUGUGGCGCUGGGUCUCUGCUUAUGAACUAUGCUGUUUGAAUGCGACUAGUGGAUGACGUAAGUUCGGCGCCGCUGUGCUCGAAGCAUUUUAGAAAGACCUGGUGAUCGAUGUUAGACUUGUCGACUCCUACAACCAUGUUCCAUAGAGAAUCAAGGAGAUUCGAUUGUACAGACAGGCAUGUUAUGACUUCUUCAGUUCUGUAUGGUAUGUACGAUCUACGAAACGGACAGCUUCUUCUCGCGAUGUUAUGUCCUUUCAGUACGAACAGUUGGACACAAUCUAGAAAUGGCACGUGUGAACUCUGAAAACAUCACUGAACGGUAUACGCUCCUCGUGAUAUAGACUGCCGAUCCAAGUUGCAGAUGUCAUGGUUUUACUCCAAGGGAUAAAUUAUACGAAGCUGUCUUAAAAUCUAUAUAGAUAUUUACCUAUAUGGUGCCUAAAUGUUAGCUUUCCACAGUACCUGUCAUUGGAGUUCAAUGAGGACACCUUUGCCCUUCAUGAAUGGGUGCGCCAAAGAACAACUUUGAAUAUUACGAUGAUAAUGAACAAGUUAGGAAAAAAUAACAGAAUAGACAGUUUACGUGUAUCGCGUGUGUUUUAUGUGUUCUCUGUUAUCAUGUUAAAUGCAUUCUAAAACUUCCAAGCUCAAUUGUUCAACCGGUUAUACCAUCAUUGAAAUUUUAACACUUAAUUAAUUCACUCUUUUCGCGAUCUGUGAAUGCGUCACGGAAAACCCUAUCAUUUCCGCAGUAAAUAUACUGCUGCAAAUAUAACAAUCACUAAAGUUGUUACAUUAUUGGAAAUCAUAAUAAUUAAUCAUUUUGUUUCUUUUGCUUAAUUGAGUUUAGUUGCUUUCUUAUGGUAUAAGUUUAUGAUAUCACAACUUCAAAUACAUUUUGAUGUUAGCAAUCUGAGCCGAUGAAUUGACUUAUAAAGGUAUUCAUAUUUUAAAACUCGUGUUUUCUUCAGGCAAAUCAGAGACAGAUGUAUUUGUCCUUUCAUUCUUUAUCUUUUCUGUUAUCUGUAUCAUCACUUUUAUUUCUCUGAGAUAUUUCCAGAUAUCGAAUCAGCAUGAUGGACACAGACUCUUCGUGCGGAUGAAAUCGUCUUUUACUAUCAAAAUAUAUCAUUCCUUUUCAUGAUUUCUCAAAUUUCAUAUUUACUUUUUCUUUCUAAUUUGUGUUUUCUCGUAACAUAAUUAAACUUGAGUUGCUAACAAAAAACAAAGUCAUCACAUUACAUGAAAUAACUUUUCAAACUAAUGCGACAAUAUGCAACAACGAAAACUAAAGGGAAGAAGUGGAAGAGAAAGACGAAUGAAGGCAUUUCAUGAUUAUUGUCAUUACGAUUGAUAUCAUUAUGAUUAUGAUAAAUUUGUAUAAGCACCUUGAGCAUUGUCCACGUGUUUUUUUUUAUGUUUCCGCGGUCGGCUAUGAGCUGCAUAUCUGUUUAUAACGAAAUAUUCGUUUUAGAUAAACCAGUAUAAUGAUAUAGGUGUUUUCUGAAGAUUUCACGUUGUAAUAUAAAGACCGUAGUUGCCGGAGAAAGCCAGGAUCUUCUAAAAUUUUCAAUAAAACAUCUGCAUUUACAUGACUGAAACUCUGUGCUUUCGUAUUCCAGCCAAUGCAUUACUGUUAUAGAACGAGUUUUAGAUUGUUAAAAGUAAGCGUCGUAUUAUUGUUGGUAUACAUCAAAGUAAAGACUGUAUGAUUAGAACGGGUAAUAUUUGAUUCUUAGGUGACGAUUUCGAGACAUCAGUGAUUUGGACCACAAUGUUAAGAAUUGACUGAUGUAAAAUCCCUUUAUUAAGGGAAUUUAUGUUAUUUCAAAACUUCAACAACAGAACAUGUUUAUGGAAGUGAGAUGAAGUGACAAUAUUGACUUCUUUUUCAAGUAUCAUAUAGUGUUUUUUUUGUACAUUUCAUGCUGACGUCACAUGCCAAACAUCACUCCAAAGUAUGCAAUGCAUGAUUCAUUUGACGUUCAAAAACUUCAUGUCUGGAUUCACCGUACAACACUUUGGUAUUUCUGUAAAAAUGCUACUUUGUAAAAUUAAACUUUCAAUCAUAAUGAAUUACUGAAAAUAAAAUGAUCAGUAAGAACGAUUGAUUUGUGCCAUGGUGCCAUGUCAGGUAAUUUAAUCUACUGUAAAAUCUGAUUAUCUCUGUACAGUGACAACUUGGUACUAUAUCACACAACAAUGUUUAUUUCAAUAAACAAUUGAAU